AUGCACCUAUCGCUGGCUCAUCUCAAAUCACCGAUUUCAUGUCUUUUGUACAAAUUUGUCUUUAAACGGUACUUGGAUGAGAGCACCUUCACGGACGAGGAGGUUGCCUGUAUUCUCAAUGAGGUAACCAUUGCGGUUCGUCGAUACGCAAAGUUAGGGAAUGUGGCUCGCUCCCGCAAUAGUAACCACUUUGAACAUCGGAACAGGCCCAGCAGUUCUAUGAGUGAUAAUGUUGACGCUCCCUCCGAAUCCGACAGUGAAGCAGAGCCUGAUCACACUGAAACGCUCUCAUCAGUAAAGCCUAACAGUAGCACACAAGGUCGCUCAGAUCAUGGUGUUGCUUCCGACAUGAGGAUUAGGCGUAAUGAUGACGAAAAGCUCGACGAAGUAGUGGAUAAAUUUAGCCACAUUUCGCUUGACGUUAAGGAGUCGGCCAACCGACACGACCCUACCGAUCUUCCCGAUAAAAAGAAGCUUUCUAACAGUGGAAGUGGCUGUGUAAAACAUAGCGUCGCAGAAGCGCGCCCAUUAAGACCUGUAGAGGUGAAAGAGAUAUGUACGAACGCCAGUAAGAUUCACCCCUCGAACCCCAAUAAGGUUCAGUCGGCUGAUUGUUCUACCUCUGGGAUGGAAAAACAAAAGCAACGAGAUGACGUCAAAGUUGCAUGUGUAGACGACUCAAGGAAUGUCGCGUCCUCUGCUCGCUAUCCAAAUGAAGGACGAAUCCGUUUAACUGAAUACAUCCGACCUUACGACGGUAUUAGAGCGUCAUUGACGGGUUCGCCCUCAAAAAAUUGUGACGGGAAACGUCUUAAUAGGCCGCUUGGUGUUACUUUUGACGAGGCUCUGGAGCAGUGGAUCGUCGCAGAUACGGAUAAUGAUCGGGUGGUAUUAGCUCCCAGUGGCAAUGUACUGACAUCGCCAACGAUGCAAGCUCCAUGUGCGGUUAUCGUUCUUGAGCCAGGCUACUCUUUUGUGGUCUUGACCAAAUAUGACAUACGAAUUAUGUACCACAACAAGAAAGAAUAUGAUGUUGUGAUUACACACUCCGGAUCUGCGAGAGGCUUAGCACUUACUCCGCGUGGAAACUUCUUGAUAUUGGAGAAAAUAAAAGGAUUCUGGAAUAUUUGCGUCUAUGAAGGGAAACCUAAGGCUAGGCUUGUGAACAGCGCUCCUUAUCCGAACAUCGAGAAUGGGCUGCCGUCGUUCCUUGACGUAUAUCGUGAUCUUCUCAUCAUCACCGAUUUGGGAGCGCAGUCUAUAGUUCGAUUUUCUAUUGAAGCUAAGACAGACAAAUUGAAGUUCGAGGAGCGUGUCUUUUUGGGAACGGGCCCUAAGAAUCGUGGUCACAUCGAAAUUAAGUACAUCAGCGGCGUAUUCAUUGAUGAUGAUGAGAAUAUCCUUGUUGCUGAUGCAAAGGGUCGCUCAUUACAGGUGUUCACCAGUCACGGGAUAUUUCUGCAUUCCAUCAAGGUUGUGAGUGGUGGCCUUCCUUACAUCAGUGGAAUUUGGGUCAACCGGAAUGGAUUCAUCGGAGCUUGUGCUCGUGCCGAAACCAAUGGUGGGCUAUAUGUCUAUCGCAUCAUUGUGCCACCACAAACGGAUUACAAAAUUCCAUCUUUACGAUCUAAAACCUGA